GGCUCGAUUAAACACGUACAUUUAGGAUGUUGGUCUCCAUCAGAAGAGCUUGCCCCGGCUCGAAUUCCACCUUAACAUCCAGACUCAGUGAGACCAGCCCACUUCUAGCCCCGCCUACCAGGGGGAAAAGACUUUCUUGAAGUCGGAACUGCGAGGGGAUCCCGCCUGACAGAAAACUAGAGGCACCGAGAAGCCUGAGGACUCCUCAUUUAACCCUGGGAACUGCUUUAAAGAAGCUAGGAGUACCAGAGAAGACCUGGGAAGCGUGAGAAUCUCUGCAGCUGGGGCCACAAUGUCAUUCAUAGAUCCUUAUCAGCACAUUAUAGUGGAACACCAGUAUUCCCAUAAAUUCACAGUAGUGGUUCUAAGUGCCACCAAAGUAACCAAGGGGACAUUUGGUGAUAUGCUUGACACCCCAGAUCCUUAUGUGGAACUCUUCAUCUCUACAACCCCCGACAGCAGGAAGAGAACAAGACACUUCAAUAACGAUAUAAACCCCGUGUGGAACGAGACCUUUGAGUUCAUUUUGGAUCCUAAUCAGGAAAAUAUUCUGGAGAUCACAUUGAUGGAUGCCAAUUACAUCAUGGAUGAAACCCUUGGCACAGCUACGUUUCCUGUAUCUUCUAUGAAGGUGGGAGAGAAGAAAGAAGUCCCUUUUGUUUUCAAUCAAGUCACUGAAAUGAUUCUGGAAAUGUCUCUUGAAGUUUGCUCAUGCCCAGACCUACGGUUCAGCAUGGCUUUGUGUGAUCAGGAGAAAGCUUUCAGACAACAGAGGAAAGAGAACAUAAAGGAGAACAUGAAGAAACUCUUGGGUCCAAAAAAGAGUGAGGGGCUAUAUUCUACACGUGAUGUGCCUGUCGUGGCCAUUUUGGGUUCAGGUGGGGGUUUCCGGGCCAUGGUGGGAUUUUCUGGUGUGAUGAAGGCUCUGUAUGAAGCAGGGAUUUUGGACUGUGCUACCUACAUUGCCGGUCUUUCUGGCUCCACAUGGUACAUGUCAACCUUGUACUCUCACCCUGAUUUUCCAGAAAAAGGGCCAGAGGAGAUUAAUGAAGAGCUAAUGAAAAAUGUUAGCCACAACCCUCUCUUACUUCUCACACCACAAAAAGUUAAAAGAUAUGUUGAGUCUUUAUGGAAGAAGAAAAGUUCUGGUCAACCUGUCACCUUUACUGACAUCUUUGGGAUGCUAAUAGGAGAAACACUAAUUCAAAAUAGAAUGAACACGACCUUGAGUAGUUUGAAGGAAAAGGUCAAUGAAGCCCGGUGCCCUUUGCCUCUCUUCACCUGCCUCCAUGUCAAACCUGAUGUGUCAGAGCUGAUGUUUGCUGAUUGGGUUGAAUUUAGUCCAUAUGAGAUCGGCAUGGCAAAAUAUGGAACCUUUAUGGCUCCUGAUCUAUUUGGAAGCAAGUUUUUUAUGGGAACAGUUGUGAAAAAAUAUGAAGAAAACCCCUUGCAUUUCCUAAUGGGUGUCUGGGGCAGUGCCUUUUCCAUACUGUUCAACAGAGUCUUAGGAGUUUCUGGUUCACAAAAUAAAGGUUCUACAAUGGAGGAAGAAUUAGAAAACAUUACGGCCAAGCACAUUGUGAGUAAUGACAGCUCUGAUAGUGAUGAUGAGGCCCAAGCACCCAAAGGCACUGAGAAUGAAGAUGCUGAAAGAGAGUACCAAAAUGACAAUCAGGCAAGCUGGGUCCAUCGUAUGCUGAUGGCCUUGGUCAGUGACUCAGCGUUAUUCAAUACCCGAGAAGGACGAGCAGGGAAGGUGCACAACUUCAUGUUGGGCUUGAACCUCAACACCUCCUAUCCACUGUCUCCUCUGAGAGACCUCAGCUCCCAGGAUUCCUUCGAUGACGAUGAACUCGAUGCAGCUGUAGCAGAUCCGGACGAAUUUGAACGAAUAUAUGAACCACUCGAUGUGAAGAGUAAAAAGAUUCAUGUUGUAGACAGUGGGCUCACCUUUAACCUGCCGUAUCCCUUGAUUCUCCGACCUCAGAGAGGUGUGGAUCUCAUCAUCUCCUUUGACUUUUCUGCAAGGCCAAGUGACACAAGCCCUCCUUUCAAGGAACUUCUACUUGCAGAGAAGUGGGCUAAAAUGAAUAAGCUCCCCUUUCCAAAGAUUGAUCCUUAUGUGUUUGAUCGGGAAGGAUUGAAGGAGUGCUAUGUUUUUAAACCCAAGAAUCCUGAUGUAGAGAACGAUUGCCCUACCAUUAUCCACUUUGUUCUGGCCAACAUCAACUUCAGAAAGUACAAGGCUCCAGGUGUCCCAAGGGAAACCAAAGAGGAGAAAGAAAUAGCUGACUUUGACAUUUUUGAUGACCCCGAAUCGCCAUUUUCCACCUUCAACUUUCAGUAUCCAAAUCAAGCAUUUAAGAGGCUACAUGAUCUGAUGUACUUCAAUACGCUGAACAACAUUGACGUGAUAAAGGAUGCCAUUGUUGAGAGCAUUGAAUACAGACGACAGAACCCAUCUCGUUGCUCUGUUUCGCUGAGUAAUGUGGAGGCAAGAAAAUUCUUCAACAAGGAGUUUCUAAGUAAACCUACGCCGUAGGCUGUGUGAUGGAAAGGUCAAGCCAUUUGAAUUCCAUGACGAUUGGCAUCAAAUGCACAUUAGAGGUUGUCUUACUGAGCCUAAGAGACUGUCUGGUACUCAGAGUGUAAGUGAUUUAGUUGCCUGUUAAGUGGAAAAUGGUGUUGGAUAUGUAAUUCUUAGCAACAAUUGCUGUCAGUUUGAAUUUUCUGACAGCAGCAUAGGGAUAUAUACUGUAUUUUAAACAUUCCUCACCAAUUUUUUAAAGUAUUUCGUUUUAAAGUAUUUAAUAGUUCAGCUCAGUAAGUAAGGCUUCCCAUUGUGUGUGAAUGUUAUUCACAAACUAGAUUUGUUCAUGCCAUGAUACAACACUAUUUUUUAUUUAAGAAUUUAUAUAUACACAUAUGAAAUAAAUACUUGGAUGUACAAGUUACCAUGAGAGACCUGCGCUUUUACUGUCUUUUUAAGAAUCUUUCUGUUUCAGUGUUCUGUAUAUGAUGUGUGCAUGUACAUGUCUAUGUGUGGUCGACGGCAGAUAUGCUGGGACCAUGAUGUGUAUGUGUGGAGGUCAGAGGACAGCUCCAUGUUAGUCCUUGUUUUCUGCAUUGUUUGAGACAGGGUUUCCUUGCUGUUUGUCGCCAUGUAUGCUGGGCAGCUACCCUUGAGUUUCCAGGGCCUGACUUGGGUCUGCUCCCCAUCUUACCUUAGGGUGCGGGGAUUACAGAUGCACACUGCCAACAUUGGCUUCACAUGGGGACCCAAACACACCUCUUUAUGCUCAUGUGGUGAACACCCUACCCAUGAAGUCAUCUUCCUGGCCCUUGUUAUUCAGAUUCACUGAUUUCAAGCAAUGCAAAUGUGAAACUUAUAGUAUUUUAAAGAUUUAUUUUUAAUUUAAUUGUGUAUGUGGGGGGGUAUGUGUAUAUAAAUAUAGGCACCCAUAGAGGCCAGAGGUGUCAGGAUCUCAUUCAGUCAAAGUUAUAGGUGGUUGGGAACCACUUGACAUGAAUGCUGGGAACUGAACUCGGAUCCUCUGAAUGAGCAGUAUGUGCUGUUAACUAUUGAAGCCCUCUGAAACUUACUUUUUAAUCAUUUUUUCUUCAAAGGGAAAGUGUAUAUAAUCUGUUCUGUAAGUGGCACUAAUUUAUAUUUCUUUGUGUAAAAAUGUGUAGCAACAUCUACUGUAAUACUCUGCUGAUAAUAUCUUGGACUCCUUACCCAACCAGAACAGGUGACCCCAGGGCAGUGUUGAGGGCUGUGUCUGGUUUAAUUAAAUCCGUGCUCCAGGACAACCUCUACUGCAAGCCCUUGGUUUCAGGAGCAGCUUGACUGCUAUGCUUCAGGAGUCACCCUCCAAACGUAAAGUCUUCCUCUACUUCCUCUGCUAAUUUUUCUUUGAGUUAACUUUAAGCUCUGUUCCUUUGUUCCCUUUCAUAUUCUUUCCUGUGAUCAAAGGCAAAAAGCAAUAAAGAAAAAGCUGAAGGGUU